GUCGAAGCGUGUACAGCUACUUUCACCUCAGCUUCCAAUUGUGAUUACUGUAAGUGCCAUUUACACUAGGUACCUUAUUACAUUUGCUGCAAUGUUUGCUGCAUGACUGGAGCAAAGCGAGAAAUGGAGCAUUCGAUAUACGGGCAUGUGCAUACCACCUUCUUCUCCUCGACCGCCUCACUCCUACACCACGACUCGUCGUCGUCCACGAAACAGCGACCAUGAAAGAGCUGCACGAAGCGCUCACUUACCUGGGGCCAGUGGACUGGAAUGAAGUGCCCACCGACGAUCUCAAGCAGUUCGCAUCGGCCUGCUUAACGGCCGGCGAGCUCAUCAUUAAUUCCGUCCCGCCCAAUCCUGAUGGUACACCGUUCAAUGCCUCCAAAGCCUCGCAAAGUAAGCCCAACCAGGCCACUUCGCACCAAGGAGUGACUGCUUCAGAAGCCCGAUCGGAUCCGCCUCACGAAGACCAUGUGAGAUUGCAAAAGAGCUGGGGAAAGCCGUACAAGUUCAAGAAAGAACAGAACCCACACAAUGUCGCGCUCUACAAGAUGGCCGGUAAUGACCGACAUGGCGCAUGGUUCGCAAGGCGCUCGGUUCACGAGGGUAUUGGAUAUGAUCGGUUCAAGCGAGCGAUGAUGCGAGAGUUCUCACAGGCUUUGACGGUUCAAGGUGAGCCCGGAGCAGGUGCCGUGCGAGGCAUCGCAGCCGACAGACGGCUCGAAAGAAUCGAUAUACCUGGACUAGGCAAGCUUGAAGUGUAUGAGUUGAGUGCUGCAUUCCCUGGUCCGGUCACGCCGAGAGACUUUGUGGCUCUGGUCAUCAGCAGCGACAGCACUCUGUCUGACAAGAGUGCUGUCGAUAUUGGCGGUAACACGCAUGUCCCCAGACACUUCAUGGUGCUAUCGAAGCCCGUCGCUCAUCCCGACGCUCCCUCUCGGUCUGGGCUUGUGCGAGGUCAGUACGAAUCUGUCGAGGUCAUACGCGAGAUACCAUUGUCUACAGCGAAAUCGACGUCGACGACCAAGCUGGUCAGGACGAAUUCGAAUGACACUCAAUCGAAAGGCACGCAGGGCAGGGACGCGAAUGCUUCAGAUGAACCGGAACUGAAUCCCGUCGAAUGGAUAAUGGUGACUAGAUCAGAUCCCGGAGGUGGUAUACCUCGAUUUCUUGUUGAGCGCGGGACUCCAGAGGCCAUGCUUGGUGACCUGACGAAAUUCUUUGAUUGGGCAUGUGCUUUGGAUGAGAUACCACACCCUGAUGAUGACCUCGAUGAGCAGAGAGGAGUUCCAGGAGAGCAAGCAGAGAAGACAAAGACUGGGGGCACCUCUUCAGCACCUUCCGAGGUGAAUGGUUCUGCGCCUGUUAGCUCAGAGACUCCAACAACAGCAUCGAAUCCAGUAUUACCAGAGCGGACAAAACCUGCUCCUGCCGCCGCGUAUUCUACAACGACCACGACACAUGAGUCUUCGCAAGGAGGCUAUUUAUCCGGCUUCACCAAUGCAAUCGAAGCCGGCAUUGAGGCGUACGCGCCCGCAUCAGUGUCUGGCGUACUGCUGCAGCACUUACAUCCGGAGCCAGAAUCAUCCGAUGACUCUUCGGACACAUCAUCGAUGGAAUCCUUUCUUUCGGCCGAGGAGCUCAGACGAGUAUCUACGGCGCCAGAGGUACAAGCCCCUGAUGUAUCAACAGACAACCUCAGUAUCAUGAGCGGCAACGUUUCGGAGGAGGCAAAGAAUAUUAAAGGCAUGUCCCACCACGAGAAGGAGGUCCUGAAGCUUGUCCGCAAGCGUGAGAAGCUCGAUCAACAGCUGGCGAAGAAGCGCUUGGCAGAACAGCAGAAAAUCAAAGAGGCCCAGGAGAAAGACAACAGCGAAAGUGGCAAGACGCAGGAAAAGAUCGAGCAACAACUUAAGAAGACGGAAGAGAAGCAUCGCAGAGAGGUCGAGAAGCUAGAGGCCAAGAAGGCGAAAGAGGAGCGCAAAGCUGAAGAAAAGCGAAAGAAGAAGGACGAUCGGUAUAAGCUCUCCCUGGUGUCGCGCGAACGAGACGACUUCCGGAGUCAAGCAGAUCUAUUACGCAGAGAGAACUCGUUGCUGAGAAACCAGGUGGCUGAUUUACAGACCCAGAAUACACUCAUGGCGCAGAAACUAGGUGCUCUUGGUGGCCGGGAAGCAUUGAAAGAGAUCGACGAGGCAUGUGGACGUAGCAGAUCAACCAGCAUCAAGAGCACAGAGGCUCUGUCCAGCAGCACGGCGACGACAACUCCUUGAUACGAGGCGGUAUCUUCCCGGAUGUGGCGAGGACGAUCGGAUGGUACGGAGGUAUCACGACACACAACGACAGCUAGUUCUAGAGGCCCAGACUAUUUUAUUAAAGGUAGCAGAAGCAAUUUAUUCCGCAGUUCGGC